AUGUACUUGGCCGAGGAAUUGGAUCUGCCAGCGCUGAUCAGGCUCUUCACCUACCAAGGCCUCGAGCGAUUCCCACGCCUUGUCGUGCAAUCUCGCUUGGCCAAGCGACCUGCCAAACCGUUGGGAGUCGCCACUACGGCUCCGAAGGGAACCAACGCGAACCACCACCGCGACAAGAUCACGACCGACAUGGUGGUCCUGCUGGCCAGAGCCUGCUUCACCGUCCUCCCAGCUACCCCGUGCCACAUGACAUCCUGGAACAAGAUGAAGAUGCCGGAACUGCCUUGCCCAGGGAUGUUGUCAAAGAUAAGGCGAGUCACGCCCUCCAGGACAGUGUCGCUCUUUGACGCACUCCCUCGGCACAGCCAUGUUGACCUGACCAGAGCCACCCUUGCCAUUGGGAAAACCCUUGAUCAGGCCCUUGCACUGCUCAACCAAUGUUGGGAUCUCCCAUCGGAUCUCCCUCCCGGACUGCAACUGCACCCCUCAACCAGUGCUGCCCUGUCGGCUCCCAGCGCAACCACCCCCAUCGAAUCGAUUGCUGUCUAUACGGACGGUUCAUAUGACGGGGACAUCAGCUCCUGGGCAUUUGUUGUUAUAGGAUGCAGUGCCGAUGGUGAGAGCCUACUCGGGUGGGCAAGAGGCAGAGUUGCCACCUGGGGAGAACCCCUGUUUGCCGGUGCUACUCAACACUCCGCUCUUGAGGCUGAGCGCAGUGCUUUGUUCUGGGCUACGGCGUGGGCCCUUCAACAUUCAGGGGGGUUUGUCACUUAUGUUUGGGGAGACAACACCGCCGCACUCGGCCAGGCAAAUGGAGGAUGUGGAGGACACAAUGCAUCCCCACUUGCACAGAAUUGCCGGGCUCUUACGCAGGCUGUUGAGGCAGCGGGACGACUACCCCACCACCACUACGGCCAUGUGCGCGCACACAAAGGACAAAAGUGGAAUGAACUAGUUGACGUACUUGCAAAGGCCAGGCAUCUCCCUGACACUGCCGUCCCAUUGAGCGUUGCCGCCAUCACACACUGGACGGCAGACAGGUCCAUUGAUUGGUUGUGGAUGUACUUUGCUUCUGUCCGUCAGCCCGGCUUGUGGCCACAGUUAGAGGGCAACUCGUUUGUUGACAGCUCACGCGUUGAGCUCAGCCUGCCACAACCACACCGAAGGUUUCUUAACCUAGCUCCGAGCCCACACAGCCUGCCUGAGCCCCGGACUUCCACGCUCUACCUGCGACUUGUUUCAGUCAACGUCCAAACUCUUGCUGAGGACAGUGCCAAGGGCGACCCCGGCAGAGUCCCUUUCGUGCGACAUCAACUUGAUGAGCUCGAGGCCAAUGUCAUUGGGCUCCAAGAAACCAGAGCCAGGCGCACCGAGACAAUCACAUCAGAAACUCACUAUCGUUUCGUAUCCUCUUCAGACACCAGAGGCAAUCUGGGUGUCGAGCUCUGGAUAUCCAGGCAGCACCCUCUGAUGUGGCAGGGGAACACUCCAGUCGCCGCACAGCUUGACAAUUUUCGAGUAAUCGGGUGGUCGCCGAGACACCUUCUUGUCCGUUUCGAUGGCAGUGGCGUGCGCAUCCUCUUUGCUGUGUGCCACGCCCCCACAGCCGCCGAUCCUCAGAGGCCUGCAUGGUGGAAAACAUUUGCCGAUCAAUUGAUCCAACAUGCACGCAAUGACCAUGUUAUAGUCCUUGGAGACCUCAACACAAGGUUGACCAAGCCAUGGCCACCGCACGUUGGGAGCUUGUGUUGGGAGAGUGGGCCUGAACUCCCCGCACAUCUUGAAAGAUUGCUCCACUCCCUGCGUUUGUGGGUGCCAUCAACCCAUGAGGCCUGUCACAGCGGCUUGUCCUUUACAUGGGCCUCCCCAGGUCAGGGAGCCACCUCACGGAUUGACUUCAUCCUCAUCCCUGAGGAAUGGCCGGCGCUGCCAGCAUCUUCGACUGUACUCCAUGACGUAGACUUUGGGCAGACUGGAGUAGACCACUUCGCUGUAAGACUUGACUUAACUGUCAACGUGCGAGGCCGCAAGGGCCCCAGAUUCCCCCGCCAAGCCAUUGACGUCAAAAAGAUUCGAGAACCCGAGGCAGCACCUACUGUGCGGGCAAUUUGUGAGUCAGUGCCUGAUGUCCCAUGGACCACCGAUGCGCACACACACUGUGACAUCAUCACGCGGCACCUUACCACAAACCUUGCCAAGGCCUUUCCUCGCCCUGCCAAGAUUAAGAAGCAGCCCUUCUUCUCCGACACAACUUGGACCCUUCGGCAGCAGCGGGUCUCCUUGCGAAAGCGCAUCCACCAAGGCAUCGCGUGGACAUCCAAGGCCGAUCUUGCCUGGGCAUUUAAGGCAUGGCAAUUUGACUUCGGGCUUGCAGAAUCCGGCGUUUGUGCGCUUGCCACGGCCAUCCAGGUGACAAAGCAUGUGACGGUUGCCAUCGCCGAUCACAAAGCACUGAAGCCACUCCUCAGACGAUCGAUAUACAGGGACAAAGCCGAAUAUCUGCACGGCGUAGCUGAAGAGGCCUCCCGGUCCUCCUCUCGCUGCGUCUCCGACCGACUCCGCCCACUCCUUGGCCCGCCGCGACGGAAACAGCGAGGCACUCAAGCACUACCUGCCAUCCUCCUAGAAGAUGGCAGCACUGCACCUGAUGUCGCCGCUGCGGAAGCCCGUUGGAUACGUCAUUUCAGCUCUAUUGAGGCUGGAGGACCUGCUGAUGCCAUCAGCAUUGCCGAAGCCUGCUUUCAGAGACAGGCUGACCAAGCCGUACCUGACGCCGACAUCGCCAUCGGGGACCUGCCGAGUCGCACGCAACUUGAAGGUGGCAUGUGUUCCUCUCAAUGUGGGAGGGCCGCCGGCAAGGAUAACGUCCCGACCGAGCUCCUUCAUACCUUUGCCGCCGCCCUCUCACAGUCCAUUGUGCAAUUAGUGCUCAAGAGUUCCAUGCGACUAACCGAGCCGCUUCAGUGGAAAGGAGGGGACAUGCGACAGAUCUGGAAGCGCAAGGGUGCCAUCACCGAAUGCAAGCACUAUAGAGGGAUCUUAGUUAGUUCGGUUCUAGGCAAGGCCGUCCAUGGCUCCCCCCGCAAACAACUUGGUCCCGUCCUCGACGCCAUUGCUGCACCUCUACAAAUUGGGGGCCGGGUAGGAUUCCCAGUCCAGGUUGCGAUCCAGGCCGCGCAUUCCACCGUGUCGCAAGGCAGCUCGUGCACGGAGGCCUAUGUCAGGGAUAGUUCUGUCAUCCAGGCUGCAGGGGCGUCCCAGUGGACCUCCGAGAUUCUUCGGGAGUUCAGCACCAGCACGUGGUUUUCAUACGGGCGGCUUGAAGGGACAGCGGUCGUGAAUUCGGGCACACGCCCAGGAGACAACCUUGCGGAUGUCGUCUUUUCGUUUCUCUUCGCGUGCAUCCUCGACAAGCUUCGUGACAGGUUCGCAAGGGAAGAUGUCAGCUUGUGCCUGCCGUGGUGUGACGCUUGGUUAUGCGCCUCUCCCGAGGCUGCCGCUCUCGAGCCUGCAGACGCCACGUCCCGACCACUAGACGUGACUUGGAUGGAUGAUCUUUGUCUCCUCGUCGCAGGCAGCACUCCAGACAUUUUAGUAGAGAAAACCACUACCAUUGCCACCGCUGUUAUUACCGAGUGCGUGCAGGCAACCCUUCUCCCGAAUCUUGCUGCGGGAAAAACCGAAGCGCUUGUCUGUCUCAACGGACCGCGGUCCAAAGCCCUUCGCAAAGAGAUCUUUUGUGGCAGCGACCCUUCCCUGCAGCUGCACUCCGAUGUCUGGCCUGAGGCCAGGCUCCGUCUUGUCGCCAAAUACAAGCAUGUUGGCGGCAUUCUGCAA